AUUUAUAAAAAAAAACCUUUUAAAAAAAAACUCCUUCUUAUAAUGUCAAAACAAGUAAAGAAAGAACCCACUAUCCUUCUCGGUAUUCCCGAUGGAGAAAUCAAGGACGACACCGAUGCCUAUAUCACCAAGCUUGGUGGCUUACCUGUCUGGCUCGAUCCUCAAACACCUCCUUCCACCAAAGUAUGCACAUGUCGUAUCUGUGGUGAGGCCAUGUACUUGAUCUUUCAAAGCUAUGUGCCUUUACCUGACUCGCCAUAUCAUCGUGUACUCUACGUCUGGGGUUGUAAUAAACGUUCUUGUAUGCGCAAAGACGGCAGUUUCUCGGUCAUUCGAUCGCAUGUGGUAGACCCAGCUUAUUUAAAAGCACAACGUCAAAAGGAAGAGGAAAAACGUCGAAAGGAAGAAAAGAAAAAGGCAGCGACAGAGGCUGCGUUGGCCAACCACCAGAAAUUUCAGUUGGGUGAUGUGUGGGGGAAUGCCACUGGAUUCGGUAGUGGUAAUGCGGGUACAGGAUUUGGUAUGAAGAAGGCACCAGCCACCCCCUUUGGCACAACACCCUUUGGCACAGUACCCUCUGCUACAACACCCUCUGCUACAACACCCUUUGGUGCAACACCUUUUGGCACCACACCUUUUGGUACAGCAACAAAGACAGCAGCGUCCGUUGUGGCGGGAGGAAAGGGACAUCAGCAGAAAAAGAAGACGACAGUGGAUGAAAAGGCAUUGAUGGAAAAGAUGAGUGGAUUAACAGUGGACCCCAUUGAAGACACAUUGUCACUACCCCAUUUCCCGGGUCAAUACCUUUAUAUUGAUGAAGAGCGUACCGAUAAUUACGAUGCUAUGGGUAUUGAUAUGAGUCGAUACAAGGAAUAUUUAGACAUGGAAAAAGAUUUGAUGAUGGAUGUGGAAGAGACAUGGGGAGGAGAGACGUAUGAGAAACAACAUUUACCACGUGGUGUAGAUAAACAAUUCAAGAAAUUCACAGAGCGUGUGGAAUGUGCACCAUCUCAAUGUGUACGUUAUGGGUUUGGAGCUCAACCCUUGUUUUAUGGCUCAUUACAGCCACAACAACAAGAGAAAAUGACAGCGCCAUGUCCUUAUUGUCGUGGUCCUCGUGUCUUUGAGUUCCAGUUAAUGCCCAAUGUCUUGUCUAUUUUACCUACUACUGAUUAUGCUACAAAAGAGCAAGACAGUGUGGGUAAAGGGAAAGCAAAAAAUAUUGAUACAAAGACCGUAUUGGAGAGUUGGAAUGUGGGUAUGGAAUUCGGUACAAUUUUAGUGUUUGUGUGUCAAAAAGAUUGUCACCCAGGCCAAUUAGAAGAUGUUCGAUAUAUAGAAGAAGCCAUUGUAGUUCAAUAUGAAACCGAUUAAGAAGUGAAAAAUAAAAAUAAAAAAAGAUUUUAUUUAUUGAUAGUUU